AUGAGCCCUGAGCUAGCCAAUCCGGUGACAAGAACUGUCACCUAUGGGAGAUCUCAUGUUUUGCAAACUAUAAAUGUCACAUCACUUAACACAAACCAAGAUGGUUACUGGGUGAUCUAUAUCCAUGGCGGCGCAUGGCGAGACCCAACGAUAACUGCAUCCUCCUUCGACAAUACUGCAGCCAUCCUCCGCAAAUCCCCCGCUCUUCCGAUCUCAGGCAUCGCUUCAAUCUCCUACCGAUUGAGCGCACAUGCAGAGUUUCCUCAAGAUCCCGCGACCACCCCCUCCAAUGAAUACCGCAAUGCGAAACAUCCGGAUCAUAUUCGAGACGUUGAGGCUGCACUUGCCUUUUUGCAGAAUACUUACGCAUUUGGGCCCCGCUACAUCCUUGUUGGACAUAGUUGCGGCGCUACGCUAGCGUUCCAAGCGGUUAUGGGGGCCGUGGCGAACCACCGCGAACAAGCCUUCAACGGGGGCGCGGACGACGACGGGGUAGGCGCCGAGCGAGUCUCAAUGUCCCCCGGUCCGCUACCGCCGAAGCUGUCGGCGCACCCUCUGGCGAUAGUGGGUGUCGCGGGAAUAUACGAUUUGCGGAGGUUACAAGAUACACAUCGAGAUAUUAGCGCAUAUAGAGAGUUCAUCGAGGGUGCAUUCGGAAACGAUGUCAUGCUUUGGGAUGGGGUGUCGCCGGCGCAAAUGGUUGGGUCGCGCGGCGUGGAGGGUGGCUGGAAGACUGGACGGUUGGUUGUGCUGGCACAUUCAAAGGAUGAUGAGCUUGUGGACGAGGGCCAGGUGGAGGAAAUGCGGGAGGCAUUGAAAGGCUGGGAGGCAGGUAAAGCUCAGAUACCUGUGCGAGAGUUGUCGAAUCGCGAUAGACGGGUCCAAGAACUGUCAAUCGAAGGUUCACACGAUGAAGCGUGGAUCAAUGGCGAUGGACUGGCGCGAGCGAUCAAAUUUGCGUUUGUUGAGCUACAGAAGAUGGGGCUGGCACCUGAGCCCGAGAUAUUGGGCGGGACUAGCGGUAUAUAA